CAUGAACCUCCAAACACUUUCUGUGAGAAACCAGCUGGGUCGCAUCUUCUGUUUUCUCCACGUCAGAAAAAAAUGUUUUAUUCCCGGUAUCCAGCAUCAACCCUUUCGAGGUUUUGCCAAGGGGACCAGUCGAGAUCAGGAUAUGACAAUGACAUCGCGUCUCACAGGCAAAAAGACUAAACUAUGGGAAUUAUAUAAUGAGGUCAUUUAUCCCCCAUCGGAACCAACGAAUGAGGGGUUUGUGGAGAAAUCUCAGCAAUUGCGUCCUGCCGAGAUUACGUACACCAAAGACAAUAUCCUGUAUAGCCAGAAAAAACUGUGGUUAUUGGCUUUCAUGGUACACCACUCUAAUGCAUGGUUGAAGUCAGAUUUGUUGUGCCAUAUUAUCCGUGGGUUGUCUGUGGAUGAGGCAUUUCAGCAACUGGGUUUCCGACCGGAAAAGGGUGCUAGGAUCCUUGAAAAUGUGUGUAAAAUAGCUUUAAACGCUCUUGAGGCUGCCAUUGAGAAGGCAGUUGUUGAACAGGAUGUUGAAUUUUGUACAGAUUUAUGGAUUGAAAAGACCCUGGUGCUUCGGGGUCUAGCCGUACCGCGUAUUCACAAAGGCCUUCGAACCAACAUCUCGACCUCGAAUUAUCACUACGCGCGGCUAAUGCUCCGACUGCGGGAGGGGAGGCCCCCCGUCCUCUACCAUCCUUAUCGUAUUCGCUCCUCUUGGCAUCCAGAGCCCAAUUGCCCGGCUGGCGGGGCGUCCGGCUGGGGCACAGCUGACGACAUCCUCGACAUUCAAAUUCGAAAACUUCGAAGACGUCGCAUUCCCGGAGAGCUCUAG